AUGGCCAAAGCCGAGAGCCGCCGUCGAUGCACCGAGAACCUCUCCCAGUACCACGCUGAGCUUGACAGCCUCUGUGGAGGUCGCCGCUCUUGGCUGCCACAAAGUGUUGAUAUUGACGCACUCUCGUACGAUACAGUGCUGGACCUCCGCAAGAUAAUCACGUGGUCAAUCAAGCAUGGAGAGCGACUAGACAGCCUUUGGGAACCCGGUGGACACCUGCACCGCGUCCAUUACAAGAAGAAAUCGCUCGACGCUGUGUGGAAGCGCCUUUCGCGACAACCCAGCGGCGCCAACUCUGACUAUUCAAACAUCAGCAACAAGAACCAUCAACAAAACCAAGACCUCGAACCUUACCAAAAAAGCGCCCGAGACGGGGAGGAGGCAAACGGCUCAGACGGUGAGAGUGGCGGCGGCGCAGUGGAAUUUGAUGAUCGGCCUGAGAACGGUGAUUGGAACCCAGAUUAUGUCGAUUCAUCUUAUGAUCAUGGCAGCGAUGUAGAUGCCGAGGAAGAACCCGUCGAACAAGCACGCAAAGCACGUAGAGCCCAAAGCGAUGGCCGCAGUGUCUCCAUGGAGCUAGACGACAGCUUCCCGUUCUCCCGCGUGAAGUUGAGCCCUCCCGAAAGCAUCCGUAGCCCGGGUAACAACAGCCUUUUUAUACCACACAGUCUCUCUACCGUGGAGGAGCAAAGUGCUCUUGCACCGGUCGAACCCCAGGAGAACAACCUCUUGCCAGAAGACGGGUCAAUCGACGGCAAGGGACCUCUCGCUGCAGACACACCUCCGUCCCUCACCGCGCCUCGCUCUUUCGAGACGCCACCUUCGCCUUCCAGCCUGCCUUGCGAUCCGCUUCCUGCAGCGGUUACCAUCUCGAGGGGCUCUUCUGUCGGAUUGAAGCGGCAGAGGUCAACGUCAGGCAAGGCUCGUUCGGCGUCUGAGCCGUCUGAAAAAGACAGGGAGGCAGCUUCCGAGAACUCCAACAAGAAGCUCGACUGUCCCAAACGGCCGCGUGUAGCAAUUUCCCCCGAGCUGUUUGACCUGAGGGUGAGACAUGGCUUCAAUGCUCAAUGCCUGGCGGACGGCCAGAACGUUGAAGGAACUGUUAUCGCGGAAAUCCUCGAUACAGUUUGCGCGCUGUGUCCCUUAUCGAUGAUGCUCCUAGACCCACUUGUAUCUCACAAGAACAUCAUUCCCCAACGCUUGAGAGACGACUUCCUCGCCCAGAAAGACAUGACUAUUCUCUAUCCGAUAAACCUAACGUCCCGAGGCAAGCAUUGGGUUCUGGUUUCGGCAUCGGCAACUUCAGUCAGCAUCUUUGAUUCACUACCCAGUGCGAUUGACCAGAACGAGUUGACUGACUUGCUACGCCCCGUUUUGUCUCUGGUUGGAGGAGCAACAGCCCCGCGCAACGUGGUUUGUCCGCGACAGUCAAACACGACGGAUUGUGGUGUCGCCGUCAUCGUCAACGCGUUG